AUGUUUAUCCAGCAGAAGAACCGAAUGCCACACAAGACUAACUCCCGACAGGCCAAUCUCCAAAACCUAACCACUUCGUCAUCAGUAACAUCAGCGGUAAACUCCGCUCUCGAGUCAGCUGGCGUCGAUAUCUCGAGUACCGACCUGGCCAAGGCCCUCGACGAGGCACAAAAGCAACUCAAGAUCAAGGAUUUCUACGAUAUCGGUCUCUGGGGCUACUGCGACGGAGAUGUCACCAAUGGCAACUACAAGACCCAGAAUUGUUCCAAGCCCAAGGCCGAGUUUUACUUCAACCCUAUCACAAUCUGGCAACUCAACGAUACCGGUGUGGAGGACGUCCUGCCGAAAGAUCUGUCCAAGGCUUUGGAUGUCUACAAGAAUGUCUCCAAGUGGAUGUUCAUCGCCUACAUCGUUGCCUUUAUCGCGACCAUAGUCGAGCUUGUCGUCGGUCUCUUUGCCAUCUGCAGUCGCUGGGGUAGCUGCGUGACCAGCCUUGUCUCAGCUGUCUCCUUCCUCUUCAUCACCGCCGCCUCCGUCACAUCCACCGCCCUCUUCACCGUUCUGAAAGGCACCUUCAACUCGGCCCUCAAGGACUACGGUAUCAAGGGCUACAUGGGAAAGAACAUCUACAUUGCCACCUGGCUAGCGGUCGCCUUCUCCCUGGCCGGCAGCCUCUUCUGGAUCAUUUCCUCAUGCUGCUGCUCCGGCCGUUCCCCCUACCACGGCUCCAGCAAGACCCGCGGCGUCACCGCCGAAAAGGCACCUUAUACCUAUGAGCCUCUUGGUCCUCAGGCCAACCAGACCCCUGCUGCCUUUGGCAACACUUCGUACCCGCCUCCGGCUCAUGGUACCCAUGUUCCCAUGCAGAAUAUGAGGAACAACGCCUACGAGCCCUUCCGCCAUGUCUAA